AUGAGUGGUGGUGGUUUUCGAGGACGAGGAUUUGGACCACACGGGGCACGUUACUCUAGUCCUCAGCAGUCUGGUAGUAGACAUGAUGAUCAGAGAAAUACGCCUCGAGGACGUGGUAAUUAUCAGCGAAAUAACUUCAAUAGUUCAUCGAGACGAGAUGACAAUUGGCAGCGAUCGUCACAGCAGCAAAGAUAUUCGCGAUGGGAUCAGGGAUCUCAUCCUCAACCAUGGGCAAAUUCACAUGGACGAAGUGAUAACUUUCAAAAUUCUGUAAGAUAUCCGUAUCAGCAACAGAAUUCGUCCUACCAGGAAAGAAAUAAUCGUCCAUAUGGACGUGGCAGAGGUGGAGGAGGAAGUAACGAUAGUUACGGCUAUUCCGGAUCACGUGGCUCUUCAAAUUUUUAUUCUCCUUAUUAUAAUGCUCCAUUUAGAGAAAGAAAUUAUGAGCAGCAGUUUGAAAAGGAGCCAGAGGAGCCAGCAGUACCUUUGCUGGGUUCCGAAGAAGAACGUCAGCAAAAGAUAACAGAAGCUGCUGACGAGUUAAAAAGAAAAUUAUUGUCCAAUCGUAUAAAUUCUCCGAUUGAACCAAAUUGGUAUGAUGAUUUUAAUUUAGAUACCCCAAAUAAAGAUGAGGAUGAAGAAAAUGUCGUAAAAGCAAAACCUGAGCUUAAACAUGAUCCACCUGAACUAGAUUUAACCGUCAGUGAAUUAAAAGACAUCGGUAGAGUAGAUUUUGAUAAUACAGUUAACUUAUCAAAUGCGUCCGAUAAUAAUUACGAUGAAGCGCCAGUUGAAAUUGUGGAUGAAUUAGGCUCAUGGAAUAAUCUGUCAGCAGAUCCGCAUGCUGAUGUUGAUGAGCAACCAGCAAUUGAAGAUGACUGCAUUGGUGCUUCUGAAACUAUUGAUGAACUGUCUGGUACCAUUGUUGAUUCAUUCGAUGAUUUUCACUUGGAUAAUUUUGAGAUAGCGACUCUUAAAGUUCGUGACCCUCUGACUUUCGACGAAUCAACAACAACUGCUUUAUCAGACGCAGCUUAUACAACAGAUGCUGCAGUUCUGGAGCCAACAAGUGUCACUGACACUUUAAACAGAAAUGAUUCAUUAAAUAAUUUCGGUGAUAAUGAUGUAACAAGUGAUAAAAAUGAAACAACACCUGAUAAGAGUGAAGUAACGGCUGAACUUAAUGACUCAAUGCACUAUACCGUCCAAACAUCAUCAACACAGUCACAAUCACCAGAGCAUCAUGAAUUUUCAACAGAUAAUACAUCUCGAAAAUUAUCUAAGACGAUUGAAAGUGAAUCGUCAAGUCAGUCAAAGUCCAAGACUAAGAAAAAAAGAAAACCGAUGGAUGUUAUUCAAGCGCCUCUAUCCUCUCCAUUACAAUCACCUAAGCAGACUGACGACUUAAGCCAUAAAGAAGACAAAGUUGAUGAACCCAGUUUGUCAACAAAUUUUGCAAUAAAUGAUGUUAAAAAUGACUCAAAUAAACAAACAAAUUCGCCAAUUAACAAUAAACCUGGAGAAAGACAACCAAAUAAACAACCAGCACAACGUAGUGGAACGUAUCCAACUACUGGAGCUGAAGAAUUCCAUCUACCAGCUGCAUUUGAUCCAAGGAGAAGCAGUAAUUUAUCUCUUUCAACGAUAGUACCGGAAUUUGAUCCGCAAUUACCUCCACCUAUGUUAACUCACAACGCUCAUAUGCCAUCAAUGCCAAUGAUGAAUCCUGCAAUGAACAUGCAAGCUCCGAUGGCUAGUUUUCCACCACCACAUUCAAGCUACACGCCAAUGGUACCUUACGCUGCGCCAAUACCACUCUCAUAUCCACCUGUAAUUCCACCAGUUGAGUAUUCAGCAGUUUCAUUGUCUCAAGUACCUUUAACUCUUUCGCUGGCUGAUAAAUCAAUCGAUAAUGAAGCUUCUAAUAAGCCAGAUGUAAAUGGAGACUCUAAUGUCAGUGUUGAUGAUUUACUCGGUGAUAUGCAAAAAGCUAUGGAAUUUGCUGAGCAGUGUUUACAUAGUAACUCAAAUGAUGCUAUUGAAUUUCCUACUCUACCAAAUCUGCCGGAACUACCACCAUUACCGGAAACAGAAGCGCCGACAACUAAAAAGAAGAAAAAGAAAAAGAAAAGAAAUAAAUUUGAACCACCUAAAAAUUAUGGACCACUUCAAAAUCCCAAUCUUGAUGGUAAUAAUUUAAUUGUCGCUAACGAGGAAACUGUAACAACAACAGAAAUUCCAAUGGAAGUUUUCACCGCUACAACAGAACCGAUAAAAGCGAUAACAACGCCAAUAACUACCGCAGCAGCAAUUACGUCAGUUACAACUCCGGUGACAACAUCUCAAGAAUCUAUGACGACAUCUAAAACCUCAAUAACAUCUAAAGCACCUUUAAUAUCAAAAUCAUCCAUUACAACAACAAAGGGGCCAAUAACAACUACAAAAGCUCCAGAAACAACAACAAAGACGUCAAUAACAGCUCCAAAAACAACAACAAAAAUUCCAGGAACAACAACCAACACAACAGCUACAACAACAACAACAACAACAACAACAACAACAACAACAACAACAGGAACAACGAAAACCUCUUUAAUGUCAUCAACAAAAUCUUCUGAUAAUAAAACUACAGACGAAGAUGCAACAGAUGAUCUGAAAAGACGAAAAGUUAUGUUUAAUUUAAAUUCAAAAUUUAAAAAGAUAAGUAACAAAACUGACGAUUGGUUUGGUAAUGAACCUCCAGAAGAAGAUUCGAAAACAAAGCUCAAAAGACUAAAAAUUCUUUUACAACAAGAAUCAGACGCUGAUAUCAUGGCUACAACACUCACUACUCCAACUGUUGCUGUCAAUGAUUCAACUGGUGGUAGUUUUAAGUCAAAACAAUCAUAUCAUGAAAGUGAUAAGGUAAACAAUGAAUCCGAAAAAUCAAUAACUGAAUCUAAUGAACGUGACCACAAAAAGUCAAAAGAUAAAACACGUAGCAAAUCAGACAGGCGUGAAAGUCGUAAAAUUAGUGACAAAGGUGAAAUUUCGCCGGAUAAAAACAAUAAACAUGUGUUGAGAAAAGUUAGUAAUGAUAACAAUUACAAAACCAGCUGUACUGCUAGCAGUAGUGCCGGUCAACCGAGUACGUCAAAGCCUGAAAAAGUAAACGAUCACAGUCAUAAUGAUCAUCACAAUACACAAACCGAAAGUAGUGAUUCGAAAACACCACACGCGUCGUUAUCAACAUGGAAAAAUCGUGUAAUAACUCGAUUUUUACGUAUGAGUAAAAAUGACAUACAAAAUAUGAUAAACAAUUCGAGUUUGCGUAAAUUUGACAUUGCGAUGCAGAGUCUUGUUAAAGAAAAAAAGUCGUCAUUGUCAUUGGAAAUGCGUUUGAACGAGGAUGAAAAAAUGAAGAAUAGUACUUAUGAAAAUUAUGAAAAUGAAGACUUUAUGAGCCAAUUGCAGGCAAUACUUGAUCCAGCAGCAACAAUAGACAUUACCAACUUGCCAACAACAUUUAUUCAUCAACUAAGUGAAGUUCUUCAUCUAGACCCACUGCCUCCUGAUAAUGAUGAGUUAAAUUGUGAUAAGGCGAGUUUACGUUUGGCAUUGAACCUAGAUAACCCGCCAACGUCAAAUAGUGAAAUCGAUUAUAAUGCAGCAGGUGUAAGUAGUGGUAGUACCAGUGUCAGUGAAUCAUCACGAUUUGCGGGAACAAAUACACCUGCUAAGGUUGCUCAUAUUAAUACAACACAUGAUGUUACAGCGAAGCAACGUAAGAUCGAUAAUAGGGUGAGUAAAGACACAACUAAAAACUCAGUAAACCCAACUAACCCCACACUAUAUACUAUUCGAACUCGUGCCAAACGGACUGAUGUUGAUCCAACACCAAGUGGUCAACAACAUUGUAGCAAUACUUCUUCUCCGUCACAGCCAGUGUCAACAUCAUCAUCAACAUCGACUUCUAAAUUAGCUCCAAUUUCUAAAUCAGUAUCAACAUCAACGUCUAAGCCAGCAUCUAAGCCAGCAGUAACAGCAACAGCUUCAAUUCCAGCAGCUCCAUCAGCUAUAUCAACGAUAAUAACAACAGCGCCAAUAUCAACGUCAAAAGUAAUGACUCACCAUGCAGAAAACUUCAAUAUGAAUGACCUAGAUGAUAUAUUCAGCGCUGGUAUAGCACGUGCUAAAACAGUUAAAUCUCAAGCGGCAGUAGCAGCACAAGCGUCGAAUGUAAAACUACCCGUACCUCAAUCCAGUAAUGAACGUUUAAUGCCAAUUGUGGAAAAUAAACCAAUACUGAGGCGGAUUGAAACGCCAAUUGUUGAAAGAGUUGAAAGACAAGCAGUGGAAUUGGAUAAAAUAUUUACUGCUGGUAUUGCUAAAGCUAAGGCUGCGUCUUUAAAAAACGCGGCUUCAUUUGCAAAUAUGGUUGAUGAUCUACACGACAUGAGGGAGUACAGAACGCAACGUGAUUCUUCACGUGAAUCAAGCAGCAAUUCUGGUGGUGUGUGGAAACGUAAAGUUAUUAUCGACGAUCCCGACAACUUUCGCAAUUUAACUAAGGAAGAGUAUGAAGCUAGGCACGGAGAGCCGCCUUAUGCGUCUUACUACGAAGACGAGUAUAGAGAUUUUGCAGCAGUACGGGCACGCAGACUUGCAAUGAACGGACGUGAGUCUAUACCACCGAGUUACGGGGUCGAUAAUUCUUACUUUAACUUCUCACCUCAAUUCGGUAAUUCACAACAUAUAUCCAACCCAGAUGAAAGUGAAGACGAAGAACACAGUUUGGCGGGCAGUGAAUCAAGCAGUUGGAGCAGUUCAAGCUCCGGUAAUGAAGACAAUGUUGAGUUAGAUGUUUCAAAAGUUUUAAGGUUUAUAAAAGAGCGUGAAAAAAUUGCUAAAAUAAAAUCAAUAAAUGAUGAAAUAAGGGACGAAGUUAAUGCUGAAAUUGAAAAGAAACGUCGAGAAAAAAAUGCAAGACACAAAUCACACAAGUCGCGUUCCAAGAAGCGAGAUAAGCGUAAGAAAGACAAAAAAGGUAAAAGAAAAAAGGUUAAGAAAAAGAAGCGACGUAGGGGCUAUCACUCAUCACCAGUCACUGAUAAUCCAGAAGAACGCCCGCUGUGGUUAUUACGAGACGAUGAAAUUAAAAAAGAACCUAAAGAAGAUGAAAUUUUCACCAAAGAAUCCGAACCACUACGUCCUGAUAAUUGUCCCAAACAAGCAAUGACAGCAGCAAUAACUAAAACAGCUCCGCCAGUGAAUGUAAAUAAAAAUAUACGAGCACCAGUGUCUGUAUCUGCUGGUGCAAAUGUACAAAGCUCAUCAGCAUCUACGCCUGCUUCCAUGACGGCUGUAAGCAAAAAUAUACAUACUCCAUCAAUAUCCACAGCUGUGACUAUGCGAAUAUCUACGUCGAUUGCUACCUCGACAGCUAAAUCUGUUUCAACUCCAACUCCUUCACCAUCACUAACAACACAUAAAUCAAUAUCUACUGACUCUCCUGUCACAUCAUCAUCAACAAACUUAAAUUCUGGGGUUACGAAACCUACAACCUCAGGUUUCAUUAAAACUCCAUUGACAACGACAACUUCUACGGCAACAUCUCCAUUGAGAGUAGUCACAACAUCUUGUACGUCAUCCAAUACUAGCUCAACAAAAUCUCCAGUGACAUUCACUAAAACAAAAGCUCAGCUUAAGCAAAUGCCCGAAAUAGUACAGCAAAAUAAUAAAUCAACAUCAUCAUUAGCUUCAAUAGAGCAACCUGUUGUACACUCGACAUCUGACAAUGCAGGAACAAGUUCAAUAAAUUCAACAAAUGUACAAACACCGUCGCCAACCUCUUCAACUUCUUCAGUGUCAUCGAUCUGUAACACCACGACGACAAUGACAACAACAACAACAACAACAACAACAACAACAAGUAGUUUGAAAACACGUAAAUUAGACAUUAAAGCGUACAAAGAGCGGGCAUUGCAGCGUAAAAUCAAGGAGCAAGAAACAAUGAGACGUGUUGCUGAAAAUCCGAGUCAAUUGACGCAGAAUUUACUUAAUUUGCCAACUAAAAAGAAGAAGCCCGUAGCCAUAGAAAAUUCAAACCAAGUAAUUCCUCAGGUAAAACCUACUAUUACUUCAGAAGUAAAUGUUACUCAACCAACUAAAGUCAGCAGUUCGACGGAUAUUGUGAUUAAAGAAUCAAUUAAUCCUGAGACUGAUAGUACAAACGCUAAAACUUUGAUACCACAGUCAAAAAAGCAACCGGUUACUCCAGAAAAGCCGGCAGCUGAUGCUUCCAAACCUGUUAUAUCGACAACUCCGCGUAAACUUAAACGCAAGACCCCAUUGAUAACAGACAAUCCACCUUACGCAGAACCCGUAGUGUCGGGAGAAGUUAAUAAGUUUGUAAAUAUAAAAUCUGAAGGUGGAAAGGAACUUAAAUUGAGAGAAAAAGUUAAAAAUCGUCCGUCAAAACCAGCAGCUGCUGAUACACAAGAAGUUGUUCCUAAAAAAAUAACACCAGCAGCACGUAAAAAGCGCAAGAGUUCUACGAAUUUAGCUACUGUUAUACCCGAGACGACUACAAAUGAGUUAAUGAAAAAUAAUCUGAGUGAGACCCCUCGGAAAACAUCACAAUCGGCGGGUCCAGAAGCCAUUAAACCAAUUGACAGCGAUGCUAUUGAAUCUGCUAAAUCUGAUAAUAGUGAAUCAAUUGAAAAGAAAAAUGCGUUACAGCCAACAAAAGUUUCCGUAGACGGAAAGACAACUAAUAAACGUAAAAAGUCGUUGAUAAAUAUUGAAACAGACGUAUCGAGCGCAAAACAAAAAGUAGAAGCUGAACAAAAACAAGAGAAAAGCGGUGAAGGAAAAAUUAAUUCAUUAAAUGUGAGCGCUGUUGAUAGCUGUGAGUUAAAAAUAAACAAAAAUCCAAUGGCCUCAUUCUCACACUAUUUCAAGCCAUCAAAAAAUCUAAUGAGAGAUGAUUUACCGAAUUUAGUUGCUGUUGAAAGAAUGGAAAUAAAAGAUAAAUUGCCCGUAAACGCAGAAACACAAUUAUUAAUUACUAAUAGUGAUGAUAAUAAUUCAACAGUGAAAACGGAUGUUACUUAUGUGUCAGAAGUACCAAGUAUAAGUAAAUCGAUAAACAUUGAAUCACAACAACCUGUUGAGAGUACGGUUAACUUAUUGCCUUUGUCAGAUAAACGGAUAGAGAUAGAAAUUUCUGGUGUAAAGGAGACGCUGAAUAAAGAAAAAAUUUUAAGAGAAAAAGAGUUAGCUCUUGAUGAUGAUAAAGAAGAAGAAGAAGAAGCAACCUGCAGUGUUACUAGUGCAGAAGUGCCUCCAAUGAAUGAUCAAAUAAGUGACAUAGAUAGCAAGGUUAUUUCAACGCCUGUAGAGGAAAUUAAUCAAACGAAGGAAGUCUUUACAAAAACCGAUAAACUCGGAGAUGCAAGCCAAGGUACAGUUGAAAUAAACACCGAUCCCGAUCGAGUUGAGGACCUUUUUAGUGACAAUUUACUGAGUAAUCAGGAACCAGAGGAAGAUGUUGUUAAUUUUGUGACCAGUGAAUUAAGUAACGACUUAUCAAAGACAGAGAAAAUAGAGGCUACAUCAUCGGUAUCAUCAGUAUGUAGUACAUUGACGCUGAUCGGGGUAGGUUCUUCAUCUCUGUCAACUGAUAAUCUUACCACUAUUCUUUUACACCCUGAAGAAAGUCCUGUAAAAUCAUUAAACUCUGGUGAAACUGAAUGCAUAUUGGGAUCUAAUGCUGCCGUAGUUGAUCCAAUGAGAAAUAUUGGUGACAUAACAGCCGCAACUUUAUCAGAAAUCUCAGAGGACUCAUUAAAUUUUGAAAAAUCAUACUCGCAAGGUUCAUUACCAGAUGUGGAUCCUUUGUCUGAAUGCACAAAUAAGUAUGACAAAAUAGACGUUCUGAGCUCCAAAGAACCCGGUGGUCUAUGUAUUGCUAAUUUAUCAGACAAUGUUUCUCUAGCAGAUCUCAAAGAAGGUAAAUUGAGUGAAAAAUUAACAGAUACUUGGAAUAUACUGGACAAUGCGGAUGAAUUGAAUGAAGGACUUGAUUCUAUUGAUGAUACUGAUAAAUCAUUUAUUUCAGAUCUACCACUUGACGCUCCUUCGUCGCCGGCUACUGACAACUGUUUCAAAGAAUACUCGUCGCAGUCGGUUGUUCUUCAUGACCAAGUGUUGACAGCAGAUAAUCCAAGAAGUUCAUUUUUGGAAGAUCCGUUGGUCUUUUCAACGACUAAAGACUUUCCUACUUCAGACGGACUGGAGUUUGAAGUUCUUGAAGACACUGGUGUUAUGGUAGAGCCUAUUUAUGAGAAUCAAUUGGCGGAUACAUCAUCUAUUGAUGCUAUAGAGGAUGUACCGUCUGACCAACCAUUCGUUGAAGACGAAGAAGUUGGAGGUGCUCUCGCUCUGACGGCGCUUGACAAUCCUUGUCUGUCUUCUGUGCUGGAAACGGACUUUGUUACUGACCAAAAUACCGCACAAAUAAGCAUCGAAGGCAGCGUAAGUCCUUCGAUUGCUGAUAAAGAACUGAUAAAAGUAAUCGAAGGAACGUCUCCUGAACGGUUGCCGUCGCCGAUAUUACAAGGGCAAUCUUUUGUUGAAGAUGAAUCUGACACUCCUGCGAUUGAGGAAGCUCCUGUGCCAGAAGUGUGUGAUGAAGGGAGCAAAAUCGUUGAAACAGCAAACGAUCAACCUACAUUAGAUGACAAUCUAACCGAAAUUGAUAGUGAAACAUUCAGAACAUUAAAUAAUCUUAAAAAUUCUAUCACUGAUGCAACUGAUGCAACCGUAUCUGAUGAUUUUGGUGCGGUAAGAGAAAAUUUAGCUUCUGAGCUAGAUGAUGCAGCUGCAUCUAAAGAAGAUACUGCUACUGUUGUCGAAGCAACUGCUGAAACGACUGAAAGUAUUAAAUUAGUUGAAACUCCAGCUGUUGAACAUGUAGAUCUUAAAAAAUCAUUACCUGAAACUUCAACUCCCAGUUCAUUACCAAAAGAAUUGCCAGCCACAAAAUCCGACAAAGACGAAGAUAAGCAUUCAUCGCGAAAAAGUAACAGUAGUAAGUCAUCAACGCCUCCACGUGAACACAAGAAACACAGAAAACACCAUCAUGAACGUAAAAAACCUAAAAUAACUAUAGAGAAAGUAGAAGAAGCGAUUACUGAAAAUAUUGUUAAAUUAGUACCAAGACCAACAACUAAAGACGAAGUGAUGACCAGAAUGCAGGAGAUUGACAUAACUAUCCAAGAACUGAUGAACGAAAAAAUGAGGCUUUAUCAAAUGUUACAAACUGACAAAUGGCCCAUUACUCAGCCGGCAGCUCCAUCAAAGCCAGGACCUAAGUCUAGUAAAUUAAGAGCACAGGCAAUUUCCAAGAGUGCGAGAGUAAUAGUUUCAAGACUUACGGAUAGUAAAAUAAAACAAAUCUCACCGCUUAAACAGGACACUAUUCCUUCUAAAUCAGAGACCACUUCGACGACAUCCAGUCUUGCAACGACUUCCAAGACAUUAAAGAUGGAUGAUAAAAAAUCUAAAGCUGCUGACGAAAGCUCGGUUGUUAAAUCAGCAAAGAAAAGAAAGCACCGUGAAGAUAAAGAUCAAGCUAAGAGUAAAGAACCACGGCUGGAAGGAACUGCAGAGACAAACAAAAAACGUCAUCACUCUGAUGCAUCUCAUCGCAAGCAAAAGAAAACAGAGCCUGCUAAUGUGGUAGCUACUGCUGCUAAUAAACCGCGAGAAGAAUCACCACGAAAACAUGUUAAAUUAAGUCAAAUACUUAAAGGCGAUGUGAAGCCAAAAGCCAGCAAACGCAGAUCUCCGAGUCCCGUUGAAGCUCAUCCAAAAGAACAACCAGCUUCAAGCCGUAAAUCAAGAUCAGUCAGUGCUGAGAAGAAUGUACAGAAAGAUCUGAAAGCUAAAGUUGAUCGAGAAAAAUCUCCGAUUGAUGAUAAUCCUAAAAGUGCUCUCGCUGAAGAAAUAAUACCGAGUCAUAUUGAAGAAACACCCUUGAAGUCUCAUAUUAUUACGGGGCUUAAAGAUCAAAGCUUAAUUUAUUCUGACGACAGUACUUGGGAUACAUUUGAUAGUGCGAUGAAACAUGAACGACCAACUGGUUUGAUGCUGUUGGAAGAAAGUAUGAAACGUGAAAAAGCUGCUAGAAAGAAUAAAUACAUUGAACAGAAGAAGAAACAGUUAAAUAAGAAGACUUUGGAUGCUCCAGCGAUUUCUGAAGAUGAAGAAGAACUUCCUCUUGCUGAGCUAAUGUCCAAGAAGAGGUUGCAGCGCAAAAAAUUACAACAGGCUGUUAAAAAGAAUGUCAGUAAGGCUAGUGAAUCUUUAAAGAACGAAAAUAUUGUGGAUACAAAUAAAAGUGUCAGCAAAGUCGAAGAAACAUCUUUAAAAAAUAGUAAAGAUGAUGUUCCAAGUAAAACAAGCAGCAUUAGUGGGGUUGAAACGUCUACUAAGAGUAGUGAUGAUUAUGUUAGUAAUGAAGAAGUAUUUUCAAAAGUUAGCAGUAGUUCUACUGCCCAAAUAUCGACUACUCAAAGUAAAAGUUUCAAUAGCGAUAAACUACCAAAAGAUCAUCUACUCGAAAUUAUUGAUGCUGUUGCGGAGAACCGUGUUGAAGAUCUAUCUGACAGCUUGAAUAAAUCUAAAAAAGAAUUGAAACAAAAAGACUCUGAGAUGGAAGAUAAUGUGAUUGUAGCGGAUGAAGGAAAAACUGUUGCUAUUACGCCAAAGAACAAUAAGAUAGAGCAGGCUGAACCACAAUCGACAUGUACUGUUAAUCCUGGUCCAGCUGUUGACUCUCCGAGACCAUUGCCUGAAAAUUAUGAUGACUGUGAUGCUGAGGAAAGUAUUCCAGAGGAAGCUGAGUGGACAACGCUUGAUUCUAUUGGCUUUGUUGACGACGAUAGCCAACAUACUGCUUCAGAUGUUAGAUCUGUUGUUAGUGAGCAGGAUAAAAAUAACAAAGGUGAUGGCGACUCUUUAGAUACUGCAAAGGAAUAUAGUACGAAAGAAGCAGCGGUCAAUGAUGACAAAGAGAAUCAACAGAAAAAGUUACUUCAAGACUGGGACGAAUUAUCAAUUAUUUCGGAUAAAGACUUUGAUAAUGAUAACUGUGAUAUCAAUAAAAAAGAUGAUGAGUCUGAAGAAAUCAUCGAUAAAAAGACUGGCGAGAGUACGACGACGAAAAUUUCAGAUGAGGAUCAAUCCAUGACGACGGAGGAUUUAGUGCAACAGAAGGAGAGUAAUAAAGACUCUGCGGCGAAUAAAAUUGAUGAUGAUUCUCUACCCACGCGAUUUGAUGAUACAGUUGAAAGACCAAAAUCUACUGUUCAAGAAUUGUUGAGAUCUAAGACUCCUCUUCCGACUGUCAGUCAAGAGUCUUCAUUGGUUGAUAAUGAAAAAGACGAGAGUAAUGUUGAAGAUAAAGUUGAAUCUGAUAAGAAUGCUCUAAUGCCUGCGGAAAAAGAAGAAGAUAAAGUACAGACAAUGAAUAAAAAAUAUAAGACAGUUGAAAUUAGAUUGCAAAGGUCUAUCACUAUACCUAUUGUCAAAGAAUCGCCGAAAUCAAAAACUACGGUUAAAAGUGUCCAGCGAAAUCCUUUGUCAUCCAGUGAUGAAGAUGAAAUUGAAAAAGAAAUAAUAUCCAGUAAAAAACACAAGCGAGUAGAAAUUGAAGAGAGACCUAAAUCAACAGUUAAAGAAUUGGAGAGACCGAAGUCUACAGUGAAAGAAUUGGAGAGACCUAAGUCUACAGUGAAAGAAUUGGAGAGACUUAAGUCUACAGUGAAAGAAUUGGAGAGACCUAAGUCUACAGUGAAAGAAUUGGAGAGACCCAAGUCUACAGUGAAAGAAUUGGAGAGACCCAAGUCUACAGUGAAAGAAUUAGAGAGACCUAAGUCUACUGUCAAAGAACUGAGAUCGAAAACUCCGAUGCCUCGAAGCUCUUUAAUAAGUGACAAUGAAGAUGAUGUUGAACGUGAAAUAAUAAGUGAUAAAUCUAAAACUGUUGAAAUAAAUGAAAGACCGAAGUCAACAGUUAAAGAACUUGGAAAACUUAAAUCUAUCGUGAAAGAUUCGUUGAGGUCUAAAUCUCCAAUGCCAAAUAACAAUCAGAAAUCUAUAUUGCAUAACGAAGAUGAUGAUAAUGAUGAUGAUGAUGAUGAUGAUGAUGAUGCAAAUGAAGACGAAAUCGUAUUAAGUAGAAAGUACAAGAGAGUAGAGAUUGAAGAGAGGCCAAAGUCUACGGUGAAAGAACUAGAACGCCCUAAAUCUACUUUGCCAGAACUUUUGAGAUCUAAAACACCGGUUCCGAGUCUUCAUCAAAAAUCUUUGUCCGACAAUGAUGAAGACUUCAAUGAUGAUAAUAGAGGAGAAGAAAAAGAAGAAGAUUAUGAUGACGAUGACGAUGACGAUGAUAUUGAUCGUGAAAUUGCAGCAAGUAGAAUACAAAAAGUAGUCGAAGUUGAAGUAGAGAGACCAAAGUCAACGGUUAAAGAAUUAUUGAGGUCCAAAACUCCAAUGGCAAGCGUCAAUUUUGAAGAAGACAAUGAAGAUCUUGAAGAUGAAAUUGUGUUAAAUAAAAUACACAAGAGAGUGUCAAUUGAGAUUGAGAGACCCAGGUCAACUGUCAAAGAAUUGGAGCGACCUAAAUCGACGGUUAAAGAAUUAUUGAGAUCUAAAACUCCAAUUCCAAGUAUGGAUCAAAAGACUAUGUCAUAUGACAGCGAUGAAGAUGAUGUUGAACGUGAAAUAGAAAAUCUAGGUCAAAAGCAAAAAAGAGUAGAGAUUGAAGAAAGACCAAAGUCAACUGUUAAAGAGUUAGAACGACCAAAAUCUACGGUGAAAGAAUUGCUGAGAUCUAAGACGCCAAUAAAGAGCUUUGAUGUUCAAAAGUCUACAGUUGAUGAUGAGGAUGAAGAAGAAGAAGAAGAAGAAAUUGUUCAAGCUUCGACCAAAAAACAAAAGAAAGUAGAGAUAGAAGAGAGACCUAAGUCAACUGUUAGAGAGUUAGAACGGCCAAAAUCCACAGUUAAAGAAUUGCAAAGAUCUAAGACCCCAAUAAAAAGUCUUGAUGCUCUAAAAUCUGUAGUUGACAAUGAAGAUGAAGAAGAAGAUGAGAUCAUUCAAACAUCAACUAAAAAACGGAAAAAGAACCUCGAGAGACCGAAAUCAACGGUAAAAGAAUUGGAACGACCAAAGUUUACGUUAAAAGAUUUAUUCAGAUCAAAAACUCCAAUGCCGAGCUUCGAUGACCAAAACUCUUCUUUUGAAGAUGAUGAAGAAGAAAAUAUUUUUGAACCAGUGACUAGGAAACGUAGGAAAAAGGAUAAAAAUGUGGAGAGACCUAAAUCAACCGUACGAGAGUUAGAGAGACCCAAGUCGACGGUGAAAGAGUUACUGAGACCUAAAACUCCUGCUAAGGGUAUCAACGACGAAAAGUCUUCUACAGCUGGCGCUGAGAACGAAGAUGAGCCAGUAACCAAGCGACGUGGUAGAUUUGCUAAGAACAGAAAAAUGGCGUCCAAUCCCAGAGGUUCUCGACAGUCUGACGACAGCAAUAAAACAACAUCAUCUCGUUCCAGGCGUGUUGGCAAAUCACCCAGUUCUCGUGACGUUUCUCCGCCUCCUGAAAUUGACACUGCUGCGACAACGAUAGCUACCACGGCGUUAAAUAAAAAACGUCCAACAUCUGGUGGAUCUUCUAGUUCAGUGAGCAGUAGGAAGCGAGGAGCAGCUGCAUCACCAAAAAUACAACAACAAUUAGAUAAUAGUCGUUUUAACCGUCGUGGACGAAAAAGAAGAAAUAAUAAAUUAAAUUAUGAUCCAACGGAAAUGAUGAAGUGUAAAGUGACACUUGUUGAUUGUAAACGUAUUUGUCUGAGACCUGAAUCACAUUCAGAUUUUCUACAGCAGUAUGGUGUUACCAAAAUAAAUAUACGUAAAUUAUCAACGUCAUCUUCUUCGUCGGCGUUGUCGUCGAGGGAAGAGGUUGAUCGAGUUGUUGAAGAGCUACCAGAGACAGUUCGCAGCAAUGAUGACAGUAAAGCAGCCGAAGCUGACAAUCUCAAUAAAUCGGUGUUAGUGGAUGAAGAAAAAAAUUUAACUGAUGAUGAAAAAAUGAGCGAUGAUGAUAAAACACACAGUGAUGAUGACUCUAUGGAAUUUAUAAGAGUUGAAGAGACUGAAGACACUUUAGGGUCGUGCUCGAAUAUUCAAGACUCCAGGGGGUCUCGUCUCUCGUCGAUGAAUGAUUUUGUGUCGUCACCGCAUGAAAAUGAUGAGCUGCCGGCAUCUGACUUUGAGGUCAUCAAUGACGACGAUGACGACCACGAAGCUUCAGACAUCGAAGUUCUUGAAAAAGAAAUUCCAGUACCUAGCAAUACCAUCCAGCCCUCGUCCUCGUCUUCGUCGUCGGUGCCCGAAGAAAAAGAAAGUAGCUCAGAGCCUCGUAGGACACAGUACACCGUUCACAAGGGACCUAUUCUUGAUAUAAAGGUAUUCGGUGAUUCAUUUUUGGCAGCAAGUGAGGAUGGAGCAAUAUAUCGUUACAGUCAAAGGUCAAAUGGUAUAUUAAAUAUCUAUAAAGGUCACGAAGCAGCAGUGACGUGUCUCUAUGUCUACGAGGUCCCAGUCCCUGGCACCACCAAUAAACGAUGGAAUUUGUUUUCUGGUUCACUUGACGCAACGCUCAGGUGUUAUGAUAUUAUGAGCGGUACACUAGACCGAAAUGUUGCUCAAGUCGGAAGCCCGGUACAAUGUAUGGAUGAAGCAUGGGGAAGUAUAUUCAUCGGUACAAAGUCUGGACAUAUUUCACGCUAUGACAUUAAAUCUGGGUGUUUGCGUGAAGAAAAACUAGACUUCUCUGACAAACCUGUGCUGGCGCUUCGUGCAUCCACUGAGGGUGUCAGAAAAGUUCUGAUUGUUGCGUCCCGUAACCAGCCAAUUACUAUUAGAGAUGCACAAAACGGUUUAUUUUUACGUACAAUAUCUGGACAAAGAAACCACACAGUUUAUAGUUUGCUGAGAGAUCGUAAUCUUGUUUAUUGCGGGACUAGUAAUACAUCCAUACCCGUCUUUGAUUUUAUUAGUGGAGAACAAGUAAUGCAGUUCACUGCUGGUGUUGGCAUCGUUUGUAUGCGUCUUUAUAAACAGUUGUUGUUUGCUGGUUGCUAUGAUGGAAAUAUUUACGUCUUCGAUACAAAGGAGCCUAAAUUAUUAUGUAGCAUUCCUGGUCCCGGUAAUAUGCUUUUAAGCAUGGAAAUUGUAGAUGACGAGAUAAUAGCAGGCAGUAAGGACCGGCGAUUACACGCAUGGCAAAUGCCGGAUCAAAUACGAGUAAUCGUUAGCGAGCGUACGUAA